AUGAUCGUCGUUGGAAGCGCCAUAGACGAUGCAUCACUGCAGCUCAUCCGUGCCGCUGUCCGGUCAGACCCCGACACAUCGAGUCUGCGUUCUGGCAUCGAGCGCAGGGCCCUCCUCGGCGAACAGUCUUCCUCCGAAGUGACAGCAGCCAUGAUGCACGUCGAGCCGCUUUCGCUCUCCAUGUUCGACCUGCCCGACGACUUUCCCACCGCGGCUCGCUUUCUCGCACAGAAGACAACCCAACCGGAUGACGGGAGUGAUAGCAUACCUCUCCUGGACUGGUAUCUGUUCGAGCGCAAAGACUUUGACCCCAACAUCAGCCCCGAGGACAAACAGAAGCUCUCCAGCCGCAUGCAGCGGCUGGUGAUGCUGCUGCGCAAGCCGCGGUCCCCAGCCUUCAUGACACCGCAAGCCGGAGGCUACAUCCACGAUGCUUCGUCGUCGUGCUGGUGGCUCGUCCUCCAUUUUCCACUCGAGCUGCGCCUCUCCCUGCACUACCAGCUCCCUUCGUCGACACACCUGACUCCGGUGUCGCUACUGUCCCUCGUACGGUCCAAGACAGCCCCCAAACCGCGGCUCGAGGCGCGGAUCGCACUUGCAAGCGCCAUCUGCACGACCUUCUCGGAGCUCUACACCAGCGGGUGGCUGCACAAGGGGGUGCGAAGCGACAACAUCCUGUUCCGCACGUCGUCGCUCGACCCUCUCCUCCCCAGCACCACCGGGGGAAACCAAUCACCGCUGCCGCGACAAGACUCUCCUUCACACAUGGCCACGCUACUGCAGUCGUUCCUUGUGGCAGGUUUCGACUACUCGCGCCAGGAGAGCGAGGGCGCCACCAUCGACAAGGCCAAGACGUCAGGCAACGUGGCCGUGGCGAUGUACCGCCACCCAAAUUACCAAGGCGACGCAGCCCAGGGGUACAAUGUGCAGCACGACAUGUACUCUCUGGGGUUGGUGCUCGUCGAGAUUGCACUGUGGAUGCUGAUUUCGUCGUUUCUAGACGCAAAGCCGGCUGCGGCGGCGGCGGCGGCGGCCGGCAUAUGCAGUAGCUGCAGGAAGAAGAGGGGACGACGGGGUUCGACAUCAGCGAGGGCUGGCGGUCAGGCGGACGGCUCUGCGUCUUCUGCUGUUAUUCUGUCGUCUGAUAUGAAACUAUUCCACGAGCCGCAUGCUGUCGAGCUCAGACGUCGGGUACUAUCCAGGGCGGACUCGGAACUGGGGUUUCGCGUUGGGUCCAAGUAUUAUGGUGCUGUCAAGUUUUGCCUCGAGAUGGAUGACGGACGGCUAGGAGCAGCUGGGGCCGCGGCGGAGGAGGACGGCCUGGCAAUUCCCUUUCACCCGGCCAUGGAGUUUUACAACAACGUCGUAGUUCCGUUGGCGUCGGCAAGUCAUGGGAGCCUGUGA